AUGGCUUCAUUUGAUUUCCAAUCACUGUUUACGAAUGUUCCCGGUCGGGAGGUCAUACGUAUCAUGUGUGAUCAUGUGGAGCAAAACGAACUGAAAAUCGGUAUACCAGUAUCAGUUCUGGUACGACAAUUACUACUGUGCACAACAAACGUAUCGUUCUCCUUCCUUGGUUGGGCUUACAGACAAAUUGACGGUGUCGCAAUCCGAACUCCAUUGAGCCCCAUUCUGGCACAUAUGUUUUUGGCUCAUCUUGAGGAAAAGGCGAGCAAAAUCCUCGAACGUUCACAACUUUACAAACGAUACGUUGAUCAUGUUCUAGUCAUCACAAUAAGUCUAGAAGAGACAACAUGGAUUAUGGAUAAACUCGAUCGCCUGCACCCGAAUAUACGAUUUACGAUGGAAACAGAAAUCGAAGAUACACUGCACUUCCUCGACAUUAAAAUGACUAGGAAUAAUGAUGGAACAAUGGCCAGAUCUGUUUACCGAAAAGAAACUUGGACAGGCCAAUGCUUGCAAUUUGACAGCUUUGUGUCUGUGGAAUAUGAACGUGGUCUGGUCCGAACACUAUUUCAAACAGCACGACAUAUCUGCACAGAAGACAUGAUUGACAACGAACUACGACAGCUGAAAGAAUCUUUGACUAGAAACGCUUAUACCGAUGCGUUUAUCGAAAAGCACAGCAAGCCUAAAUUGAUCAGACAAACGAAUUGUUCAGCAGAAAAACUACUAGUCACCAUUUGUCUUCCAUUCAUACGUGAUGACAUCAAUUGCUUGCUCAAACGACCACUUGGAUCAGCGCUUGCCCAAAACAAAUAUUAUGCACCUGACCUCAGAAUUAUUCAUCGAACGAUUGAGAUCCCCACACCCUCGGUGAAACAACGUCCACCUCUGUACACCAAAUCGAAUCUGAUUUACCAAUUUCAGUGUAGUUGCGGAGCAACACAAAUUGACGGUGUCGCAAUCCGAACUCCAUUGAGCCCCAUUCUGGCACAUAUGUUUUUGGCUCAUCUUGAGGAAAAGGCGAGCAAAAUCCUCGAACGUUCACAACUUUACAAACGAUACGUUGAUCAUGUUCUAGUCAUCACAAUAAGUCUAGAAGAGACAACAUGGAUUAUGGAUAAACUCGAUCGCCUGCAUCCGAAUAUACGAUUUACGAUGGAAACAGAAAUCGAAGAUACACUGCACUUCCUCGACAUUAAAAUGACUAGGAAUAAUGAUGGAACAAUGGCCAGAUCUGUUUACCGAAAAGAAACUUGGACAGGCCAAUGCUUGCAAUUUGACAGCUUUGUGUCUGUGGAAUAUGAACGUGGUCUGGUCCGAACACUAUUUCAAACAGCACGACAUAUCUGCACAGAAGACAUGAUUGACAACGAACUACGACAGCUGAAAGAAUCUUUGACUAGAAACGCUUAUCCCGAUGCGUUUAUCGAAAAGCACAGCAAGCCUAAAUUGAUCAGACAAACGAAUUGUUCAGCAGAAAAACUACUAGUCACCAUUUGUCUUCCAUUCAUACGUGAUGACAUCAAUUGCUUGCUCAAACGACCACUUGGAUCAGCGCUUGCCCAAAACAAAUAUUAUGCACCUGACCUCAGAAUUAUUCAUCGAACGAUUGAGAUCCCCACACCCUCGGUGAAACAACGUCCACCUCUGUACACCAAAUCGAAUCUGAUUUACCAAUUUCAGUGUAGUUGCGGAGCAACCAAGGGGUCCGGAGCAGUGCUGAUCGAUCGGAAUGAUUAUGAGAAGAAGAUGGAAAGUGUUCUUCAUGUUCCCAGCGAGUUUGUACUCGAAGAUGACUGUGAAGACCCUAAAGAACUAGAACAACAGAUAUCGACCGCAGUACAGUUUCUACUAGAAGGACACUUCAUCGAUGAAAGCACAGCUCACCAUCUGAAGCCAAAAGGAACUCGAAGUGCACAACUGUAUGGUUUACCGAAACUAAACAAACCCGGAGUGCCACUUGGACCAAUACUACUACUAUCUAUGACAAAUUCACCACAACACGAAUUGGCCAAAUGGCUGGAGAAAUUGCUUGAGCCAGUUCAUAAAUCAAUGGUCAGACACACUAUAAAAAAGACAGUUUCGAAGUGGUAA